AUGCCGGAAGCAAAUGAAUUUUAUAAGUCAUCGACAAAUUCCAUCAACUCGUUGUUCUCCUUAAAUAGAUAUUCAAGAGCUACAUCGUGUUCGGUCUUAGAAGAACAAACUCAGACGACUUCUUCAAAUACAAAUACAAAUAACGAAGUUGGUCAGAUUUUUUUGGAUAGUAUUCCACAACUCUCGCCAAUAGAUGUUGAUAAUAAGAACAAAUUCGUCAUUAUAUUGGUAGGACUACCUGCGACGGGAAAGUCUACUAUUGCAUCCCAUUUGAUCCAUUAUCUAAAGAAACAACAAUCAAGCAGGCAUCUUCGGUGCACAGUUUUUAAUGCGGGGAGUGUAAGGAGAACUAUGUGUAAGAAAAAUCUUGUUGAUGAACUUUUCAACCAAAAACAUUCAAAUUUGAAAGAAGAAUUCGCAAAGAUUACAUUGCAUAAUUUGUUAGAGUCUAUUGAUAAUGAUGAGUGUGAUAUUGCAAUAUUCGAUGCUACAAAUUCAAAUUUAAAGAGAAGAGAAUACGUUGUCCAGGAAUUAGAUGCGUAUAACCAAAACUCAAAUACAUUUACGAUAAUCCCAAUGAUAUUACAAAUAACUUGUCACAAUCGAGACUUCAUAAGGUAUAACAUUCAUAAUAAAUCGUUCAAUGAAGAUUAUUUUGAUAAGUCAUACAAAUUCGCAAUCACAAGUUUUUCGAAUAGAGUGAAAAAUUACUAUUCACAAUUUCAUGAAAUGGAUGAAGAGGAGUUGAAUAAAUACUCAAAUUUACCAAACAUUGAUAAUUUUUUCAUUUUCAAAUUAUAG